UCAAAAGAGUUAUGCGAGUUAGUUCAAUCCAUUUAUAUGAAACAAGUUGAAAUGAGUCGUGUCAUAUUGAUCUAUUUCUAAUUAAUUAUUAAAUUGGUAAAAAACGGGUGACACGACACGAUCAAUUAUUUAAAUUAUUCGUAGUAGGCUUUGAAUGUCCGACUUGUUUAGUAUAAUAGAUUAGGUUCAAAUUGACCUAUAUAGUUGAGCAUCCAUUACUUGACAUGACACAAACAUGCAUGACCUAUAUAGGUUUUAAGCUUGCUAGCAGUAGUUGAAUACCCGAGUUUGUUUUCCUCAAACUUGCUUAUUUUAAAUAUUAUCGAUACUAAAUUUUUUUUUUAUAGGUAAACACUUUUAAUUAAACCAAUACGCUGAUGUCUAAGCAAUAGAUUAUAUAAUAAUAGAAGAAUUCUAGACUUCUAGUGGGCCCAUUCAGCAUUUUAUCUUUAAGAUAUAAUGAAAAUGCAAGUUUAAUAGAUAAACUAAGGUAGAGUAUUUUAUAGUCAUCAAUUAGACAAGUAAUUUUUAGUUAUUUAUUCAUAUAGAAAUCUAUAAAGGAUAAGCACAGAGGAUUUAUUUAUUUAUUUAUUCAGUUGUUUGCAUUUGAAAUGGGUGGCUUUCGGUUCUGUUUGCGAGAACUGCGCGCUAGACAUGAAGAGCCCAAAAUCAAGAGGGAAAUGUGUGCUUUUCAGCCCAUUGUGGCCGCAUGAAGGUGCUCUAUAGGUACCAUACAUUGCAACUACCCAUGCACAUACGAUUAAGCCAUUCUUGCAGACAAAAACUGCAAUUUCCACGAGAUGGACUGGUUUUCCGGUAAAAAAGAAAAAAAGAAAAAGAAACUAUUGCUUAUUGGGUACCUGCCACUUCCAGCCUCCUUUCUAUACAAAGUACGGACCACAAAAGACUACAAUAGAGCCAAACAAAAGGCAAAACAGUCAGAGAUACUCUGUUGACAAUCUGCAAAGCCAAGAGGGACAGCACAUGUAAAAAUGGUCAAUCUGCCCAUUCUGCAGUAGGAGGAUUGGUUUCCAGUCCCACUGCAGAAAUUGCAUGCAAAUAACAUGAGUGGUACUAUAAAGAUUUUCGGGCCGACAUGUAAGAGAUAUGCUCCGACUGAACCAGCACGGAUUGAAACAGACUAGAACCUUUCCCACUCUAUAUAUUGGACUUUUGGACCCUCGCCCGGUACUCUAGCAAUUGUUUGUGAUCAACUUUCUCUUUAAUUACUAGCAUAUAUACAAACAUAAGAGAUCAGGAAGGGAAGAUUAGAAGAGUGAGACAUGCAAAGCGGGACAUUGCCUCGAGGUUUUCCUAAAUAUUGGGAUUGGCGUGUUCAUGAUGGUGGUGCCUUGAAUCCAGUUAAAAGUCAAGGAAAAUGUAACAUGUGCUGGGCUAUAGUUGUAGCAGAAGCUGGUGCAGCCAGACUUAAAGCAAAAAAUUAUACAGAUCUUCUUCAACUCUCCUCUCAAGAACUUCUCAACUGUUGUGAAAAAGAGAUCGAGAGAACAAAGUGCUACACGUAUUCAUAUACAAAAGCUUUUAAUUAUAUAAAAAAGGAGGGGAUCCGAAAGGAGGAAGAGAACCCUUUCAAAGCAGUUAAGCAACCUUGUCAACCCAAGACCCAAAAGCAGAAAUCCCUUGCGGUGAGAAUUAAUGGAGUCAUAAUGAUAGACCACAAGAAUGAAGAUGAGUUUCUUAUGCAAGUCAAAGAACAACCAGUAGCGGGUUGUGUAAUAAUGACUUCAGAAUUUACUGUAUUGAAAGGCGGUAUCUAUGAAGGUACUGAUGUGCUUGACAAGCUGAAUCAAGACAAUAAGUUCAACCUUAAACAUUCAAUUCUUAUAAUAGGAUUUGGCUAUGAUGAAAAAGAAGAAAAAAAUUACUGGAUCGUUAAAAAUUCUUAUGGCAAAGAGUGGGGAAUCCAUGGAUAUGGUAGAAUUGCUCGAAGUUCAAGUCUUCCAGACAGCAAACAAAGCUUGAUUUUCAGAAUCUAUUGUCCAAUGCUACCCAAAACGCAGCAGGGCGCCCAUGCUUGCUGGAAUUAUUAUUACGGAUCGCAUCCUGCUGCUGCCUUGUUUUCAGUUUGCUGUGUUUGUGAUGACAAACAUUUCUGCUAGUUUCUUGGCCUAUGCUUUCUGGAAUUACCGCUAGUUACUUUCAUAUAUGUUUCUAAUUUUUUUUUGAGUUCUAUAUGUGGAAGUUAGAUUUGACACUUUUCUGUGGAGUAAAAGUUGGCUCGUGUAGUUUGGAUAGUGAGAUGAGAUGAGAUGAUUUUAGAUA